UCUGAGCUCGUAUCUGAAGGAUCGACGGACGUAGAUUCACAAACAAUAAAAGUUAGAUCGAUUGUACCAGAUAAAACACCUAAAGCUAAUGAUAAAGGACGAUUGUACCCAGAACUUCCAAAUCCAAAGCGUGUCAAAGAAGAUAAUUCUACUAAUCGACGUGAAGCAGUGGCAUAUGCAUUUAGAAAUCCUAAUUACAUGCCAACGCGACAAAUUAACCGGCAGCCGUCACCAGAAUUAAUAAAAUCUCAAACAAAGCCACGUGGAUUAAAAACAGCAUUUAUAUUAUUUUUUGUAAUUUUGACCAUUGGCGCUUACACUCGAUUCAAAAUGGAAAUUGGCUUUUGUGAUGGACCAUCGAGUACAGCAGACGGUGGAAGCGCCGAGAGUGAAGAAUCCCUUUUUGAGAUCGCUUGUACUCCUUGUCCACCUAAGGCUCAUUGCUCAGAGGGUAAUAUCACCUCGUGUGAUGAAGGUUUCGUGUUCACAUCUUCAUCAAUUCAUUGGCUCAAACCUUUCACCAGCAGAUGUAUACCUGACGUUGAACGCGCUAAAAAGAUUGAUAUGUAUACUAAACUGCUUAAAAAAAUAUCUGCUGAAGAAACUGGAAGGGUUAUAUGCGGAUAUGAAGAUCGAGAACAUUUAUUAUUUCAGAAUCUUCUUAGAAUACUUCGCCAAAAGAAAUUACCAUUUCAGGAUACAGAUGAGAAUUUUGAAAGACUCACACAAAUUGCAUUGAAAGACUUGAAAUCGGACGAUGAUCUUGAAAUAAUUGAUGAAAGAGAUUAUAAUAAACUUAAAAGCUAUGUUAUUUCGAAGAAGCCGAGCCCCUCACUAUUUUGUAGGAUUAAGCUUUUUGGUAUAGCCUGGUUGAGGGAGAAUUUAAUGUUUAUUAUUGGUGUAAGUUACAAAGUUAGAGAAAAGAUAUGGGAAAACGAACAAGUAAAAAAAGCUGCCGAUAUGGUUUUAAAUGCAAUGAGACAAGAACGAAGCAUGAUCUCAGCCCAAUGGCAAGAAUCGAUUAUGCAUCAUAUCAAAAAUGAUUUUAAACGUAUUGAGCUAUGGAAACGUGUUGAAAAAUGUAUUCAAGGCAAUCCUAUGGUCCGAACACGUCGUCUUGAAUAUAAAGGAC